UUCAUUCUCAUUGUUCCGACAGACAGAGGCUUGGUCUGUGGGCAUCGUCCGAUUCGUCCCCCCUGCCCUGACUCGAUUUGGCACAUCCUCUAGUUUAAGUCGCAAAUAUCUAUCGAAAAUUGAUCGCUCUUGUCGGCGCCUGAAUCCAUAUUGUUGCGUGACACGCCAGCGUAAAGAUUAUUUCUUAUACAUAUAGAUAUAUAUAAAUAUAUAAGAAGAUGAUGAUGAAAAGGAACGAAUAAUAUGAACAAAAUGACUGAAAGAUAAUAAUUUUCAAUCGCAUGGAGCUCGAAUAUACACACUAUAAGCAAAAAUGGCGGGCCGAGGCUCAGCACAUUUACAACCGAACCCGCAGCUUCCACGCAGAGGAGCUGACAUGGGCCGAAAUGACGAUAGGCCUCAUAUAGCAUUGAGGACGCUGCGUAACGAUAUCGAUAUCCGCGACCACUAUAACAUCACGGGUGUCUUGGGCCAAGGCGCGUUUGGGCGAUGUUACGAGGUUAGAAAAAUAGGAAACGAACGGAUCCGAUUGGCAAUGAAGGAACUAACCAAGGACGUAGCCGGAAAUCCCGACGUUCCCGAAUUGAGACGUUUGUUCAAUGAAAUAAUAAUUAUGAACCGCGUGCUUUCUCCCCACCCGCACAUAGUCGAGCUCCGCGAUCUGAUAUUGGGUGUAGAGAAACUCUUCAUCGUCACCGAAAAAUGUUGCGCAAAGAAUUUGGAAGAUUUUUACCCGAGUGCCAACAACUACAGAGGGAAAAAGAUCUUUAAGCAAUUAGUCGAAGCCGUCCACUUCAUGCACCAACAUGGAGUGGUGCACAACGAUUUGAAAGCGCAGAACGUCAUGUUCGCCACGACGCUCAUGAGGGACAUCAAAGUCAUAGACUUCGGAUUGGCCACCUAUCACCAGGACCUGGCCACCAGGACUCAUGCUAAUUUUGAACCGAGACAAUACUAUCAAGAUGACGAGUUGCAUCCACCGGGUGAUCCUUACACGCAAACAUUUAAAGACAUUCGACAAUUAGGCAACAUCCUCCAUAGCAUUCUGGCCGGCACCGAGGUCGACUUUUCCGAAGAUGAGGUGUACGUGCCGGACGAUCUGGCCCCGGUUAGAACGCAGAUCUUCGACGCUCGGGCCACGAAUUUGUUAGAUCUCAUAGGCCCCAUCCGUCGACAUAAUGAUCCCAACGGUCGGUUGGCGACCGUUCCAGAGAUUCUUCAGCAUCCUUGGCUUGCUUGAUCGAGAUCAUUCGAUCCUCUCAUCUUCGUAGAUAUCACGCCUUAUGAGUUCCACCGAUUCUCUGCCAUCAGAACGUCUUCCAGGUUCAACAAAGUUCCAGACACAUAGUGCAUUAAUUUUUGAGUUUCAAGAUUUGAAGGAAUGAUGGUCGAUUUUUACGUAAGCUAUUUCUUCGAGCUUGGAUGUAUAUUGGACCUGAAACUGUGUGGAAGCUUGGACUUGGAGAAGGCGCAAGAGCCUUCAAAAAUUUUGACCUAACGCAAUUCCAAGGACAAAGUUGAGACAUCUUUGAGUGUGAAGUUUUUGAAAGAUAUUUACAUGAUGGCUUCUCAAGACAAUAUGAUACUCAAUCUUCUGCAAACGAUUAUGGAAGAAUUGAAAAUGCUCUGCCAAGAGCACUUUCAAUUCUUUCUCACGCUUGUAACCUGUCUUCUUACAAUCAAAGCCUUACACAUGGAUUCCAUAUAAUCUCUAAAACUUUUCAUUUUGAGAAAGAAAAGAAAAACUAGGUUACUACAAAGUGCCAAACUAUAAUCAUUACAGCGCUGUUUCAAGCUGGUUUUCAUCCUACAUUCAACACUAUAGACCAUAUCUUGGUUUUCCGUGUUUUAUGGGAGAUAUUCAAGGGAUUAUCCUUGGAAAAGCUUUGUUUUGUGCCUUCAUUGACUUCAAGAAAGCUUUUGACACAGUACCUCGUGAACUUUUGUGGGAAAAAUUGCAGACCAUUGGAGUACCAUCAAAUCUCUCACAUUAUACCACUCGGUUUGGACCAAGAUCAACACUUCUCAAACCAAAGAGAUUUUGAGUAUCAUUGGAGUCAUUUAAGAUUGUACUUUCUCUCUUAUUCUCUUUGGAGUUUUCAUAGAUGAUAUAGAAAGGUGGUUAGAGGAUUGUGUCCGUGGAGGUGUCAAACUUGGAAGCUUUGUCAUCAAAGCUCUUUUGUAUGUAGAUGAUUUCAUAUUACUAGCACGUCAUGUCAUUAGUUUACAGAAACACCUUGACACUUUGGCUAGCUUUUGUAUUCAAAAUCAGAUGGAGGUCAAUUUGGAGAAGUCAAAAGUCAUUCUUGUGGGCACUAGAUCCAAGCUUUCUUUCUUUUACAAAGUAUUAGAAUUGGAACAAGUGAAGAGUUAUAAAUAUUUAAGCAUUGAUUUCUCAUACGAUUAUAGUUGGAC